GCAAAACGCUACCAUGGGACUCCAGCCUUAUUAUUUUAUAUGACAAAUAAAAUAUUAUUCCAGUUUUAGUGAUUUUCGUUUAAUCUUUCAGUAUUUGCAGAACAAUUCAGUGAAUUAAAAAUGAUAGUAAACUUUUAAUCGUCUUUGUCUCAAUUAUUAAUAACAAGGAAAUUUAAUUUAUAGAUUAUUAAAAAUGCAAGCUGAAGUUAAAGCGAUAGUUGAGCAAUCAUUAAAAAAAGCUCGAGAACAUGAUUCAAGAGGAAAUGUUGGUCAAGCUUACGCUUAUUUUACAGCAGUUGUUGAAUUAUCGCCUCAAAAUCGUUCAACAGUGGAAAAAGAAUUUACAGAUGUUUUAUGUGAAUGGGGCAUGCAAUUGGAACAAAAUAAUCGAAUGAAAGAUGUUAUAAAAUGCUACGAACAUUCUUUAGAACAUUAUCCAAAAAAUUCACGAAUGCUCAAUAAUUUUGCUGCCCAUCUUUUAAGGAACGAAGAACCGACGAAGGCGAUAAAAUAUCUGAAACAAGCUCUGGAGGCCGACCCAAAUUUUCUACCAGCCGAGAGAAAUUUACAAAAUGCUUACAGUAUGGCAGUCGAUCGUUGGCAUUUUCCAAUGCUCAAUGACAAACAGCGGAAUCAUGCUUUCGAUAAAGCGAUAAGAAAAAAAGUCGCCCUCGAUUAUGACACGGUACUUGACAUUGGCACUGGUACAGGUUUAUUAAGUUUAUACGCACGUGACGCUGGUGCAAAGAAAAUUUACGCCUGCGAAAAUUCCUCAACAAUGACGGAAAUUGCCAAAAAUGUAUUACACGAAAAUAAUGCAACACAAGUGAAAUUAAUUCCAAAAAUGUCCACGGAUCUACAAAUACCGGAAGAUAUUCCUGAAAGAGUUAAAUUAAUCGUGACGGAAACGUUUGACGCCGGUCUCUUUGGCGAACUCGUUGUUCCAACAUUAAUUGACGCCCACGAGAGACUUUUAUCCGAUGGAGGAAUUGUAAUACCCUCAAAUGCAACACUCUUUGUCGCUGCCAUUGAAUGUGAAUAUAUUCGAUUUCGCUCGUCAGUAAGAUUUCACAAUGUUAAUCAACAUUUCGGUGUGUUGAAUUUCAAAAAAAUUUCCCUCCUACCCGACGAGUCAUAUUACGAUACGGAAAAUUUGCAAAAUGUAAAAAUUUCCCACAUCACUGAACCGCGUGAUAUUUUACAUGUAAAUUUCAAUGAUCACGAGGAAUUAUCAUCAUUCACUGUGGACGGUUUAAAAAAUUUCCUUCACAUUGAAUGUCGUUACGAUGGAAUAAUUGACGGUCUCGUUGCAUGGUUUAAAUUGCAUCUUGACGAAGAAAUAACAAUAGAUUCGUCACAGGGUAAAACAUGUUGGCAAAUUGCCGUUUUUCCCUCAAUUCCAAUGAAUUGUGUUCAAGGUGAUAAAAUAUUUAUUUCCGCCGAAAUGGCGUCAAAUAAAUUGAGAUGUUUCUAUACGAGAAAAAAUUGUUCCGAAGAAAUUGACGAGGAAAUUAUUUUUCACGUGAGCAAAGAAGUGAUUAUGUUUUUAAAUGAUAGAAAAUAUAUUUCGUCGUUGAUAAAUGAGGCUUUGAAUGAAAGUGAUGAAGUUGAAACUAUUUUGGAUACUUGUCCAUUUCCAAUUUAUGGACUAACUGUGAUGAAAAAUAAUUCUAAUUGUAAAAUUUUAUAUUAUCAAAGUGACGAUUUGAUGCUUUGCACGUGUAUUAAUAAAGUAUUUGAGGACAAUCAAAUUAAAGGGGAAAUUCGUUUUAUUAACGAUUUCAGCGAAAUUCAUUCAAAAUUGGAUAGAAUUUUUAUUCACAAUUUUGAUAUUAAAGGCGAAAUGAAGGAUUGGGGACAGGAAAGUUAUCACGAUUCUUUCAGUUGUUUACUAAAUCCAAAAGGUAGUUUAUUACCGUCUAAAAUAUUUCUAAUGGGCCAAUUAGUAUUUUCUGAAGAUUUGCCAAAAAUGGUUAGAGUUAAAAAUUCAAAUCUUCAAGGGCAUGACAUAAAUUCGGAAAAGAAUUCUGACGAUGAUAAUUCUUCUGAAAGUAAUUCAACUAUUUUAGACGAGAGUAAUACAAAUUACAAAAUUGCUGAAUUUAUCAACGAGUACAAAAUUAAUCAAGUAUUUGAUUUGAAUUCGAGUCUUUAUCAGCACGAAAUAAUGUCCGAGGUGAAAGAACUUUUGGAAAUGGACGAAACUGAAAUACGCGAGUGUGUUGUUAAUUUUGGAAAAUUUCAAGCAACGAAGAAAUUACCAAAUGCUCUAUUAAUUUGGUACAGAAUUCAUUUGUCUGAAAAUAAUGUGUGCGAAACAAAACGAGACGAUUCAUUUAUGAAUCAUAUGGCUGUGGUAUUAGACGACGAAAUAAAAAAUUCCGUUCAAUGUGACAACGAAGUAGCUAUUAAAAUUCUUCAAAUGAGAGAUUUAAUUCGUAUCAGUGUUGAAAGGGUCAAGGGAAAUAAUCAAAAUGUUUGGAAAUCAGGGGAAAAAGGAAAUUAAAUUUUUGUGGCACACCCUGAUUUUCGAAAAGAAAACUACAUUCCAUUCAUUAUACUGAAGAAUUAAGAAACAACUCUGCUUUCUUAGAAAAAUAUUUUCUAUAUUUAAAUUUGUUAAUUAAAAUAUAAUUGAUUUACAUUGUGCUUUCUUUAUCGUGCUGUCGUGCAAGUCACAUUGAAGAGUAAAAGUCUUAGAAGAAUCAGUUUCGCCAAAAAUUAGUCGCCAAUCAUCAUCAAGUGAUAGCGACACAUCCUCCAAUUGUAAAAAAGCGGGAGAGGAAGGUGGAAAAGGCCUACAAGAAUAAAGUUUUGCUAAGGAAAGAGAGGGCAACUGAUAAAGUAAAGGAAAACACGAUAGCAUUAGCACGAUACAGAGAGAUGAACUGAAAAUUAGACCGAAGAAGACAGAAAAUACAUGGUACUUCUAGAGCAGAUGAAAUUUCCGAGAAAUCGGAAGAAAAUGAAGAAUAUCUUUUACAGCAUGGUUCUAAACAUCGUCAUAAAAUUUAUUACUGUUACAAGAAAGGGAAUAAUCUUCGAUAUAGGAGAGACAACGUCGCGAAAGAAAUCGGUCAGUUGACUGGUAAAUUGAGAGAAUGCGUCAGUUGCAACAUUAUAAUAGAAUCGAGAAGAGAGUUGUAUAAACUUCAAGAGAAGCUUGAUUAUGAAAUAAGGCAAAAUGAUUUACUCAUCGAUAAACUGAAAUGCCAAGAAAAAAUGAUCUAUUAGUUUCUUGGCGUCAGGUAUUUAAACUAGAAAUUUAAAUACUAGGACACAUACAUGUUUACUACUUUAAACGCCCAUUUUUAAAUUUACAUAUC